AUGGCUCUGAUCCCCAUCAUCAACUCAGGCAAAUACAAGAUCAAAAACGUCAAAUUUGGCUCCAUUCGUGACGACGAGGGCUCGUUGGGAGCCCUAGGCACAAUAAAGUGCGACAGUCUCAUCUGGAAUGUCACCCUAAACGCCGACAACUCGCACACUCUACAGGCUGUGGGUGCCCCUGCAGUCGUUGGAGGCCCUAUCACCGAGGUCCCGAAUCGUUUUUACAUCAGCGUCGAGAAUCAAUCCGCCCAACCAGUCGGUUGGUUCCUCCAGCCAGUGUUCAUCGGAUCAGAUCCUCGUAUCCUCUACGCCAUCUACGAGCCCAGAAGGAAGGGCCACUGGGAACUUUGCAGCGCGGACAAGAAAGAGCCUGUAAAGCUCAACAGGGAACCCACUGAUGACGAGAACAAGCCUGUUCCGACGCACUUUACCCCAGAGGCCCUCUGGGUCUUUGAGCAUUGGACUGUCGCUCUGAACGCUGAUAACUCACACACCCUUUAUGCCGAAUCUGCAAAUGCUCCUGCCAUCGGUGGAGGACCAAUCACGGAAGUGUCGAAACGAUUCUACAUUAGCCUCGAGAAACAAUCGGCCCAGGGUGUUCAUUGGUUCCUUCAGCCAGUGUUCAUUGGUUCUGAUCCUCGUAUUCUCUACGCUAUCUACGAGCCCGGUAGGAGGGGCCAUUGGGAACUCUGUAGUGCAGAUAAGAAGGAGCCUGUAAAACUCAACAAAGAGUAG